GGAACGGUCCAGUGGUGUUUGCCAAGAUGAAGACGUUCGUGUUCAUUGCCCUGUGCCUGUUUGUUGCCGCGCUGAGCGUUUCGGCUCAGCUGUCGAUGAGUGAGUUUGCGGAGAUCGCGGAACAGUACCGCGUUCGCUUUGACGAUUUAAGCGAGGAUAAGGAUUCGUUCCUCCGGUUCGCCCGUGUUCUGAUCCGUGCCGAGCUGAAGGGACUGAACGAGGGUACGUUGGCCAAUCUGGCUGAGGCAAGAAACGACAUCGAUGACAUACUGACGGAAAUCCGCACGGAGAUCGCCGAUGCGACGUUGGAACCGAAUGCCAACGAGGAUUGCCUGCUGCGUCUGGUCGACUCGGUUAUUGCCGAGGGACGUACGGCUGGCGAUGGUAUGAGCUCCUGUGCCGCGGAUAAGAUCGAAAUCAAGGAAGGUCUCGGUGAUGAGUUCCGUACGCUGACCAACACGCUGCAGCGCAUCGCCACGGCCGCCUCCGAGUAUCCGCUGUUCUCGUACGCGCAGCACAACUCCUUCACCGAUCCGCAAGAGCACGUCGAUUGGCUGGAGCAAAACUAUGAGGCGCAGGUUGCGUUCUGGGACAACGUGGCACGCCCCGAGGCCCAGGAGGAUCUGGACAACCUGGAGAUCAACCGUCCGGCCCUGCUCGCCGAAAACCGUGCCUGUCUCAAUGCGGUUAUCGCGCGUCUCAACACGGCCCUCACCGGCAUUCGGCAGCAGAUCAAUAGCUGCUAA